UUUUACCCUUUUCAAUAGGGAUUACAUUAGACGCUGACUACUUCACCCUUGACUACGACUGGGCACUGUUAAGCUUACUACUCUAUCGACAACAAUGUGAUAAUUUCACUGCUGAUAAAUGCAAUGAACAUAAACGAUACAUUUACAAUCUCUCGGCCAUAAUUAAUAGUGAAGAUUUACCUGAGACUGUAAUAGAACGAGCUAGCAAUUUUUCAGAUGGGGUUUUGUCCUAUCAAUCACCCGACACUCCUGAUUUUGCUCGGGAGUGUGUAAGUAUUGUCUUGGGGGUUCCGUUCUUGCAACCAGAAUAUAACCAACAUAAGUUAAAACGUCUACGAAAACAAGCAAAUGAAGACGAAACCGACCACCAGAUACAUCCUAUACCUUUUCAAUCAUCAACUUCACGAUCAUUUUACUCUUCAAGACCUCGCCUUAUUCUUAAAAAUGAUGCUUGGCUUUUAGAUGGUCAUAUGGAAGUGGAAGACUUAGUAGAAAUCUGUUAUUCUUACGGUGCUGUAGAAGUGGCGAUGGAAUUAAAAAAUAUGUUUAAAGAACUAACAAACGCUCAGACAGUACGAUCGUUUAGAGAAAUGCAAUUAUCCAUGCAAUGGCAAUUAAAUCUUGAUGAUGAGCUCUUUCAUCUUAAGAA